AUGGAGAACCUCGACAAACUCUCGGCGACGGGGCUUCCCAUAUUCGACCUUAAUGAGGAGAAUCUGAACCGCAAAGACUGGGCGAAGACGGCAAUAGGUACACGCGACUCGUGGCCCACUGCUCUGACAUGUCUUGUCAACACAUGCGUGCUGCCCAUGCCCCAUUGUGCCGCCAUCUUCUGGGGCAAGGACCUGACAGUAAUCCACAAUUUGGCCUGGGAAAAAGCGCGGGGAGGGCUCGAUGGCCAGGCCACCAAUGCGCGCGACAGCUACGAUCAUGAAGCACUUGGCACCCUGAAGACAGUGCUGCGAGGGCGAACGGUCAAGGUAGCGGCCAGGUAUUUUCUCAAGAGCGUACCCGAGGACAAGAGCAUGCAACUGCUCCUCAGUACAAUCCUCGACGAAAGCGGCACGCGCCAGGGUGUGCUGGCCCAACUCCUAGAAAACCAAAACGUAGACCACUACAUGCCCAUUGAAGGCUUGGACGAACUCUCACGCCAGCAUCAAGGAAGGCGACCCAAAGAUGGACAGAGCCACCAGUCUGGCAAGCACGCCAAGACAGAGCAGGCCGACUCGAUGCAGACCAACAUGUUCCAGCGAUUCGCCGAACUAUUGCCCAACGGCCUAGCCAUUCUCGACAAAGACGCCGAGGCCAUCUUCGUCAACGACGGCUUCUUCAAACUCACAACCAACAAGGGCAACAAUGAGUUCCGCGCCUGGCCCGAAAGCAUACAUCCCGACGACUACGAAGACGUCAUGUCGGCCUACCGCAAAGCAUUCGAAAGCCGGACAGAGCUGCAGAUAGAGUUUCGGUGCGACGUUGUGGAGCCCGCCGAGAGGCAGGGCGAGCAGUGGCGGCUGUUUCUGCUAAAGCCAUUGAGUGAAGAAGCCGAUGCCGGCUAUAUCAGCGCCGUCAUCGACAUUACCGACAUCAAGCAGGCCCAGCUGACACAAGAAAAAGCUGCAAACGAGGCCAAGGAGCGCAAGGAACAGCAGGAGAGGUUUAUAGACAUGGUUUCACACGAAAUUCGUAACCCACUUUCUGCUGUCUUGCACUUGGCCGAAGAAGUGAAGGAGGUCACCAAAGAGAUUUCCAUCGACCAUGACGACAUCCGCGACCAGGUAGCCGAUAUUCUGGACGCGGCCGAUACCAUACUCUUGUGCGUCUCGCAUCAAAACACCCUUGUAGACGAUAUUCUAUCCUUUUCCAAGCUCGACUCCAUGAUGUUAUCCUUGGUGCCUCGCCAAACAAGACCUAAGUGGGAGUUUUCGCAAGCACUCAGAGUGUUUCAUUCUGAAUUCAAGGCGAAGAACAUUGAUUUUCAUUAUGCCAUGGAUGUCUCGUUUGAAGAGCAAAAUGUAGACAAUGUUGUCGCGGAUCUCAAUCGCAUGAAGCAAGUCCUGGUCAACCUCAUAACCAAUGCCAUAAAGUUCACCUCUAGGAAAAACGGGGAACGAAAGAUUACAGUCUCCAUGGGCGCUUCUGUGAAGCGCCCCACGUCUUAUCCUCCCAAUGUCAUCUACUUUAGUGAGGAAAAAGAAGCCUUCCAUCUCAACUCAACAAUGACCUCAGAGUGGGGCGCUGGCGCCGCCAUGUACUUGAUGGUUGCUGUCAAAGACACUGGCAUAGGUAUUAGUAAGGAAGGUCAAGCCAAGUUGUUUGAGCGUUUUAGGCAAGCGACUCCGAAAACCCAGGAAAGAUACGGCGGGUCAGGGCUGGGACUAUUCAUAUCACGCAAAUUAUGUACUUUACACGGGGGAGACAUAGGUGUGAGCUCCAAGGAAGGUGAAGGUUCCACGUUCGGCUUUUUCUUCAAGGUCCGUCGCGCGACAGGAGGUUACGACGAUGAUCGACCAACGAUUCCAUCCCGAAGCAACUCUGAAUGCUCGACUUCCUCGAACCGUCCGUCAGAGAAUGGCUCGAAACCGAUCCGUCCCGGUUAUAGUCGUGCCAAUUCGAAUCUCCUGCCCAUUAAAGAGCGGAAUAAUGAAAGACCUGAAGCGAGGACACACUUGUCCAGUCAUGGAGGAGUAGACACGGAUGAUGUCGAUCCAUCGCUCAAAGAUCCGCCUGUGGAAGAACGACCUGAGUCGCAUCCACAAUCGCAUGAAGAUGCACGCUAUAAAGAGACCCAGGAGGCCACUAAGAAUCUCCCUUCAAAUCAACCACACAUGGAGAGGAAACUGCCGGAUCUGAAGAGAGGGGAGACUUCACGACAAGAAGAAGGCGCCAAGGAAAUAUCAAGAUCACAAAGCGAUCAACGCUCCGAAGACAAAUAUACACUUCUUCUUGUAGAAGAUAACCUGAUCAAUCAGAAGGUGUUGCGGCGUCAACUUCAAUCUCGUGGAUUCGAGGUUUUCAUAGCGAACAACGGCCAAGAAGCCAUCGAUGCUGUGGCUGAACGUGGGGAAGCAAACAAUGGCCCAGGCGAUCGAAAUUACUUUGACUGUAUACUCAUGGAUCAGGAAAUGCCUAUCAAAGAUGGUAAUGCCGCGACACAAGAGAUCAGGGUACUACAAGAUGAGGGCAAGGCUGGAUAUAGCCAUAUCUUAGGUGUCUCAGCAAACGUACGGGAAGCGCAGACUAAUAGUAUGCGCGAGGCUGGCAUGGACGAUGUCAUCUCUAAGCCGUUCAAGGUGGAUGAUCUGGUGCGCAAGGUGCAAAGGCUAGUACGUGAUAAUGGCGGUAGUGCAAAGCAUGACAAUAGACCAAACGGAAACUCAGCACCGGAGAAGGUGGAGAAGGAUGAUGAGAAGAAAGGAAGAACCGACCUCCACCCACGAAACGAUGAUGGAAAGAAGGGUGAGGCCGACUCAGAUAACGAGCGAGACAAUAAACGCAGGGGAGGAUCAAGGUCGCGGGCCAACGUUAAGGAAGGGUCUGCCAUGACACCACAGACAGGAUCGACACCAGAAGAGGUACAGAAGCAGCAGAAGCAGAGGCAGCGACAAGAAACAUGA